UCUUCCCAGUCCCCGCCACCACCGUGCUGAGACCCUUUCGAAGUCGCCAGGUUUUUCCGGUGGCAUUUCCAGUGACAACUACGGGUCUCCAUUCCCUGCGCGGUCGGAGACAAGCAGGAAGCAAAGUUUGUCAGGAGCCGCGGGGGUGACUUUACCUCGGGGACCCGCAUUUGUGCGUGUGCGAGCUGCCUCGGUGUGCGCGAAGCGUUUCCCAGUUUCCCGGGCUGUGGGUGCUGGGCUCCCGGCCCCUCCCUUCUCCGAGCCUCUCUAGCGAUUUGUUUAGGAAAAGUGAUGACAUGAACUAGUCGUGGGGGAUCGCAGGCGCCUGUUCCCCACCCUGGAGAAGGAGGGGAGCCCCGGAGAGCUUGUCAGUGAGAGCUGGAAGCAGGCUCCGGAGCUCAGCACCCUAAGCCCCAAAGGCAGGAUCUGGGGGCAGGGCGAGGAGUAGGGGACAGAGGCUCAGGCUGCUUGAUGCCGCGCUGUGACCGCGGCGAUGAGGGAACAGCCCUUAAUUGCCUGGCUCUGAUUCUCAAGGCUGUCGUGGUUGUGGAAUGCAAAAGCCACGACAAGAUGGAAACAGGACUUGGAGAUCCUUUCAAAAUGCCGGAAGAAAGUUCUCCCAGGCGGACACCGCAGAGCGUUCCGUACCAGGACCUCCCUCACUUGGUCAAUGCUGACGGACAGUACCUCUUCUGUAGGUACUGGAAACCCGAGGGCACUCCCAAGGCCCUCAUCUUUGUGUCCCAUGGAGCUGGGGAGCACUGCGGUCGCUACGAUGAGCUAGCUCAGAUGCUGGUGGGGCUAGAACUUCUGGUGUUCGCUCAUGACCACGUUGGCCAUGGACAGAGCGAAGGGGAGAGGAUGGUAGUGUCUGACUUCCACGUUUUCAUCAGGGAUGUGUUACAACAUGUGGAUACCGUGCAGAAAGACUACCCAGGGCUUCCUGUCUUCCUUCUGGGCCACUCUAUGGGAGGUGCCAUCGCCAUCCUCACAGCCGCAGAGAAGCCAGGUUACUUUUCCGGCAUGGUUCUCAUUUCACCUUUGGUUCUGGCCAAUCCUGAGUCCGCAACAACUUUCAAGGUCCUUGCAGCGAAAGUUCUCAACCUUGUCCUGCCAAACAUGUCCCUGGGCCCAAUUGACGCCAGCGUGCUCUCUCGGAAUAAGACGGAGGUGGAUCUUUACAACACAGACCCCCUCAUCUGCCGGGCAGGACUGAAAGUGUGCUUUGGCAUCCAGCUGCUCAAUGCCGUCUCGCGGGUGGAGCGGGCCCUCUCCAAGCUGACUUUGCCCUUCCUGCUGCUCCAGGGCUCUGCUGACCGCCUGUGCGACAGCAAAGGGGCCUAUUUGCUCAUGGAGUCUGCCAAGAGUCAGGACAAGACACUCAAGAUUUAUGAAGGUGCCUACCACGUUCUCCACAAAGAGCUUCCUGAAGUAACCAACUCUGUCUUCCAUGAAAUAAACAUGUGGAUCUCUCAAAGGACAGCGGCAGCGAGAACAGGGUCCCCGCCCUGAGGGCACUGUCCAGUCAGCUGUCCCACAGUUGGGGAAGUGGGCAGAGGAAGGGCAGAAGCUGGCUUCUCAGAUGUGGUUUGCAAAAAAAAAACAAAAAACCAAAAAAACAAAAAAAAAAAACAACACGAAAAAAAAUUUCAUAAAUUGGAGGAAUCCUUAACAUAACUUACUAAAGAAAAAAAAAGACAUUCUUGUCAUAUAUUAGGCUGUCUGUCACUGGAUCUUCCUUAAAGGGUAGACACUAAGACAGAAAAGGGUCAAAGGCAGUUUUCCAGAGAUGGAAUAUGUCUCUCCUAGCUCCUGCAAGGGUCCCAGGAAUUCCUGGUGUUCCAGGAAACCUGACUGCAAUAAUGGGAGGGCUCCCCCUCCUGCAUACCCCUCCAGUCUCACCGCCACGUCACUGCACCUGCCUCACUCUGUGGCUUUUCUCUGACCGUGACGGGAUUGGGAUGGCUGGCAUCAGUUUGCCGGGCAGACUCAUGUGCCCUCAGAGGUGCAGAAAAUGCCUGGCCCUUCUUCAGAAUGCAUGGCCCCCAUGACGCAUGUCAGCUCCUUGUCAGUGGGAGCCGGGCUUUUGGGGAACAGACUUCGCCCAGAGAGAGAAGUUGGCAGGAGACCCUACUCCCCCUUCGUUCCCACCAGGGAACCUGAAGCUACCCACUGAGAACUGUAUUCAGGGGCUGCUAUUCCUUGCGUGACUCAUUUUACCUGACAUUAUGACAGAUGAUUGUAUUGAAGAGGAAAUGUCUAAUAUGAAACAUGUAUUCUAAAACUAUUUGGGUGGGUGGGACCAAGGGGGCUUGGAGGCACAAGAGCGUGAUGUCUCUGCACAGGAAUGAGACAAGCUGGCCAGGGACCCUGAACCAAGGCACAGCCCCCAGGAGGCAGGGCCCAGAGUGCCAGCAGUGGCAGUGGCAGGCUUGUCCCUGGUCCCUGCCUGCCUGGGCCCACAGCUACCCUGGGAGCUCAGUGCUGGCAGCACAGCCACCUCUGGUGGCAGGACAAGGGAGUCCCAACGCCAUGGCCCUGCAGCCCCUAGGCCACAGCAGGGUGGGCAGGUGAGGCUGGCUGACAGGGUCUUUCCCAGCCAAGGCCCCGCAGUGCCUGACCAGCAUUUUUCAAGUGCCAACCUGUGGCCCUCACUUACUGCCAGCAAUAAACAGGGAUCACCAGUCAGCGCUGGAAAACCUUCAUUCUCAAUGGGGCUUGCUGUGACCUCAUUAGGCUCCUUAGUGCAACUAUGACCAUGGCAGGGGGCAGGGAAGGGUGGGGGUGGCAGAGCUGCUGGAACCCCAUGGAAAGUGCAGGCAGGAGCCCCAGGCUGCAGAAGAGGUGGCUACUCCCCUGACAGAGCCUCUGACUCCAGCAGUUGGGGCUCCCACCCCUCUUCCUCCAGCAGCAAAAUUGCUGCCCCUCGCCCAUACCGUGAUCUUCUGGGGCUGUUUCUUGGCCCCAGAGAGGGCAGCCCCUCCACCCUCCCUCCAGGGACCUGCCCACACCAUGUCAGAGCGGGAAUUGGUCCCCCUCCAACGGCCAGCCCAGUCAUGCUUGCCUAAGGGCCCAGGUUUGUGAGGUGAAGCUCCCAGGAAAUCACUCCCUGGGCAGGGCCCAGGUCUCCACAGAGAGCAGCUUCCACUGCCCCAUCUUAUUUCUCUGGCUUCUCUUUGAGGGAGGAAAAAUGUAAGAAU